AGUUGUAUUUCGGUUCAGAUUAAAAGGUAGUCGCUAGUGACCUAGUGCUAUAGGUUUAUCUAAACUCUAAAGUCAAAACCAAGGACUAACGAGAGAUACCAGUGUCUCUCUUUAAUAGGCCAGUUCAGAUAUAGUUUUAGUGCUUUUUGUACCAACCGACAUUAUUUCGAACCAAAGCUCGUGGAGAUAAAUUAAGACUUUUACGUUUUCGUCCGUCGUGUCUGCCCACUUUUUAAUCUCAAAAUGUUCAAACUCAGCCUUACGAGAUUGGCCCAACGGUCGACAAAUGAUGCUCAGAUUUUCCAAGUUGUCAACCGAUCAAAUCUUAAACAUGCCAGGAAAAUGGCAACUGCAGCAAAGGUGGAAAAGAAAGAGGAAGAAAAAGGUCCAAAAGAAUCACAUUCAUUCAUGUUGAACCUUUUCCGUGGUGUAAUUCAACCCAGCCAAGUAUUUCCUUAUCCUGAGGUACUUACAAGUGAACAAAAAGAAACCCUUCAAAUGCUUAUUGACCCAGUUAACAAAUUUUUCAAGGAAGUAAAUAAUCCAUUAGCCAACGAUGAAUUGUGUCAAGUGGAAAAACAUACGCUAGAAGGUCUUUGGGAUCUCGGUGCAUUUUCACUGCAAGUCGGACAAGAAUACGGUGGCCUUGGCCUCUCAAACACACAAUAUGCCAGACUUGUCGAGAUCGUCGGCAGGCACGACCUCGGCGUUGGCAUCACAUUGGGCGCCCACCAGUCCAUCGGAUUCAAGGGUAUCCUUCUCUUUGGAAAUCCUGAACAAAAAGCGAAAUACCUGCCACGAGUCUCGACAGGGAGAGAAUAUGCAGCGUUCUGCCUCACUGAGCCAUCAUCUGGAUCUGACGCCGGCUCAAUCAAGAGUAGAGCAGUACUUUCUCCAGAUGGCAAGCACUACAUUUUGAAUGGGAGUAAAAUUUGGAUCAGCAAUGGAGGGAUUGCUGAAAUCAUGACAGUAUUUGCUCAAACGCCUGUCAACGAUCCUAAAACAGGAAAAACUGUAGACAAAGUUACAGCUUUUAUAGUCGAAAGAUCUUUCGGAGGUGUCACUAGUGGCCCUCCAGAGAAAAAAAUGGGUAUCAAGGCCUCAAAUACGGCUGAAGUUUAUUACGAGGAUGUAAAAAUCCCAGUUGAAAACGUUCUUGGUGGGAUAGGAGAGGGAUUCAAGGUAGCGAUGAACAUUUUGAACAACGGACGUUUUGGCAUGGCCGCAGCUCUUUCAGGUACGAUGAGAGCGGUUACCGAGAAAGCUGUAGAACAUGCGACGAACAGGGUUCAGUUUGGCAGGAAGAUUGAUUCGUACGGUACGAUUCAGGAGAAACUCGCCAGAAUGGCCAUGCUGCACUACGUUACCGAAAGUAUCGCCUACUGCCUCUCUGGAAAUAUGGAUUCUGGAAGUGUAGACUAUCAUCUUGAAGCUGCCAUUUCAAAAGUUUUCGCCUCAGAUAGUGCUUGGACGGUAACAGAUGAGGCGAUUCAGAUCCUCGGAGGCAUGGGUUUCAUGAGAGAUACAGGAUUAGAACGUGUUAUGAGGGACUUAAGGAUCUUUAAAAUUUUUGAAGGCACCAACGAUAUCCUUAGACUCUUCGUAGCACUCACUGGUUUUCAAUUUGCUGGAAUGCACCUUCGGGAACUUCAGAAGGCAUUUAAACAACCAACAGCUCAUUUAUCUUUGAUCCUUGAAGAAGUGACAAAACGUGGACUUAGGUCAGUCGGACUUGGCAGCACACCAUCGGUUGCUGAAUAUGUCCAUCCGUCUCUAACACCAUGCGCCGCUCAAGUUGGCAGGAGUGUUGCUCAGUUCGGCCCUGCUGUAGAGGGCCUUCUGAUCAAGUUUGGAAAAGGAAUCGUCGAGCAGCAGUUCCUGUUGAAUAGAAUCGCCUCCUCUGCGAUCGACAUUUACGCUAUGGUGGUUGUCCUCUCGAGGGCGACAAAAUCCCUAAAUACCAACUCGCCGUCUGCUGAGCAUGAAGCACUGAUGACGAAAGUCUGGUGCUCGGAGGCUGCUACUAGAGUGGCAUCAAAUCUCGGCGCUCUCAACAGCUCAGAAAGUUUAGACAAUUUCGUUACGCUUAGCCAGAUCGCUAAAAAUGUAUGUGAAAAUGGCGGUUUCGUUCAGAAAAACCCGCUUGGAUUAUAAUGAAAUUUAUUCUUCCCUCAGUACCAUGACUGUAGCCUUCAUAUUGUAUAUAAUUAUUAUCGCUAUUUUAUUUUUUUAGUAUUUUUUAAAAGUGUAAAUAUAAGCAUUAAGAGCACGUUAUUUAAAUG